UGGCCCCGUGAUCCCGAAUCCUGCCAAUUCUUGUUCACGGGAUCUAAACCUGCGGUUCUUGCCUCAAAGACUCUCUCUAUAUAACAGAGGUAACCCACAAAUCUACCAACAAGUGUAGUGCUCUGAGAUAGUAUAUAUACAACGUGCAGACAUAAGUGGACAGAUCGACUGCUGCUGCUGCUGAUUUUUUUGUGAUGGAGAUGGCGAAGAGGCAGCUGGUGGUGUUGCUAUUGGUGGUGGUUGCUUUGUUUGAGGGCUCACGGGCAGUGAGCGUGUGUGACAUUAGUGAGGAUGGUCUCGCAGCCUGCAAGCCAUCUGUGACCAAACCAGACCCAGUUGAGCCGCCAUCAGUUGAUUGUUGCAAGGCUGUUUCUGGGGCUAACUUCACAUGCCUUUGCUCUUACAAGAAUUCAUACCUGUUGCCUUAUCUCGGCAUCGAUCCUGAUCUUGCCAUGGCUUUGCCUUCCAAGUGCAACCUCAGCACUGCUGUGCCUAGCUGCUAAGGUAUG